ACGGCAGCCGCGUUGCGGCGGGGCGGGGCGCCGGGCGGCCGGUGCGCUUGGCGGCAGCCGUGGGAGGCAGGCCGGCAGGCAGACGGACUUGCAGGCGGGUGGCGGCGGCCGUGCUUGCUAGUGAGGGCGGGAGGGAGUGACUCACUGAGCUUGUGUGAGGGAGGGAGCGAGCGAGCGAGCAGCCCGCGCCGUCCUCCCGCAGCACCAGCCAGGCCACGCCGCCGCCUCUUCCCCUGCGCCCCGCGCCCAGGCCGGGCCGAGCCGAGCUGGGUCGGGCCCGGGCCAUGCUGCUCACCGUGUACUGUGUGCGGAGGGACCUCUCCGAGGUGACCUUUUCCCUCCAGGUCGACGCCGACUUCGAGCUGCACAACUUCCGCGCGCUGUGCGAGCUCGAGUCUGGCAUCCCCGCAGCCGAGAGCCAGAUCGUCUAUGCUGAAAGACCUCUCACAGACAACCACAGAUCAUUGGCUUCUUAUGGCUUGAAAGAUGGGGAUGUUGUGAUUUUACGACAGAAGGAGAAUGCAGACCCUCGACCUCCAGUGCAGUUCCCAAACUUACCCCGAAUAGAUUUCAGUAGUAUAGCUGUGCCUGGCACAUCAAGUCCCCGGCAGCGCCAGCCACCAGGAACACAGCAGUCCCACUCAUCUCCUGGAGAAAUAACUUCAUCUCCUCAGGGCUUGGACAAUCCAGCCUUGCUCCGAGAUAUGUUGCUGGCCAACCCGCAUGAGCUGUCCUUGCUGAAGGAACGCAAUCCACCCCUGGCAGAAGCUCUGCUCAGUGGAGACCUUGAGAAAUUUUCUAGAGUCCUGGUGGAGCAGCAGCAGGACCGAGCCCGGAGAGAGCAAGAAAGGAUUCGUCUGUUUUCUGCUGAUCCCUUUGACCUUGAAGCUCAGGCAAAGAUAGAAGAAGAUAUAAGGCAACAGAACAUUGAGGAAAACAUGACAAUAGCUAUGGAAGAGGCUCCGGAAAGUUUUGGCCAAGUAGUGAUGCUUUAUAUUAACUGCAAAGUGAAUGGACAUCCUGUGAAAGCCUUUGUUGACUCAGGUGCCCAGAUGACUAUUAUGAGCCAAGCUUGUGCAGAAAGGUGUAAUAUAAUGAGACUGGUGGACCGUCGGUGGGCAGGGAUUGCCAAAGGAGUGGGCACCCAGAAGAUUAUUGGAAGGGUACAUCUAGCUCAGGUUCAGAUUGAAGGAGAUUUUUUGCCAUGUUCCUUCUCUAUACUUGAGGAACAGCCCAUGGACAUGCUUCUGGGACUGGACAUGCUUAAACGGCACCAGUGUUCCAUUGACCUGAAGAAAAAUGUACUCGUGAUCGGCACCACAGGCUCCCAGACCACCUUUCUUCCUGAAGGAGAGCUACCAGAGUGCGCCCGGUUGGCAUAUGGGGCUGGAAGAGAGGAUGUACGGCCAGAGGAGAUUGCAGACCAAGAAUUAGCAGAAGCCCUUCAAAAAUCAGCAGAGGAUGCAGAGCGUCAGAAGCCAUGAUGCAUGUAGUGUGUGUGUACUGCAGCUGGAGUGGGCCCCAGACCAGAGAAAAGCGGUAAAGAAUCUACCUCACUGGGAAUGUCAUCAUUACCAACUUCAGAUGGGUUUAACCAUCCAGCCCAUUCUUCAGGACAGAGUCCUGAUGUUGGUAAUCCUAUGAGUCUUGCUCGCUCUGUCUCUGCUUCAGUCUGCCCUAUCAAGCCCAGUGACUCAGAUCGCAUUGAACCUAAAGCUGUGAAGGCUUUGAAGGCUUCAGCUGAAUUCCAGAUAAACUCUGAAAAGAAAGAACAUCUCUCUUUACAAGAUCUUUCUGAUCAUGCUUCCUCAGCAGAACAUGCUCCAAUAGACCAGAGUCCAGCUAUGCCUAUGCAGGAUUCAUCCGAAGAAACAACUGUUGCAGGUAAUCUGGAGAAAUCUGCUGAAAGAAGCACCCAGGGCCUCAAAUUUCAUCUCCUUACAAGACAGGAAGCUAGUUUAUCUGUCACAUCUACUAGGAUGCAUGAACCACAGAUGUUUAUAGGUGAAAAGGAUUGGCAUCCAGAAAAUCAGAACCUGAGUCAAGUGAGUGACCCUCAGCAGCACGAAGAACCAGGGAAUGAACAGUAUGAGGUUGCACAACAAAAAGCUUCACAUGACCAAGAAUAUCUUUGUAACAUAGGGGACCUUGAGCUUUGUGAAGAAAGGCAACAGAAUCAACACAAAAUUGUUGAUUUGGAAGCUACGAUGAAAGGAAAUGGGCUCCCACAGAAUGUGGAUCUUCCAAGUACGAAGAAAAGUAUUCCACCUUCAGGAUGCAGUGGCUGCUCAAAUUCAGAAACACUUAUGGAAAUAGAUAUAGCUGAACAGUCCCUAGUUACUGUGCUUAAUUCAACAGGCAGGCAGAAUGCCAAUGUCAAGAACAUUGGUGCAUUGGAUCUCACUUUAGAUAAUCCCUUGAUGGAAGUAGAAACAUCAAAAUGUAACCCUUCUUCUGAAAUUUUGAAUGAUUCCAUUUCCACUCAGGAUUUACAGCCCCCAGAAACUAAUGUUGAAAUAUCUGGAACAAAUAAAGAAUAUGGCCAUUACUCCUCUCCAAGUCUCUGUGGCAAUUGUCAGCCCUCUGUGGAGUCAGCAGAAGAAUCUUGCCCAUCUAUAACGGCAGCCUUGAAAGAACUUCAUGAACUUUUGGUUGUUAGCAGUAAACCAGCUUCAGAAAAUACAUCUGAAGAAGUAAUCUGUCAAUCAGAAACCAUAGCUGAGGGCCAAACCAGUAUUAAAGACCUUUCUGAAAGAUGGACCCAAAAUGAGCAUCUUACCCAGAAUGAACAGUGUCCACAAGUCUCCUUUCAUCAGGCCAUAUCUGUAUCAGUGGAGACAGAAAAAUUAACAGGUACUUCAUCUGACACUGGAAUAGAAGCUGUAGAAAAUGUAAACUUCAGGAGUCUAGGUGAUGGCCUGUCAACCGAUAAGGAAGGUGUCCCCAAAUCUAGGGAAUCCAUAAACAGGAACAGUUCUGUCACUGUAACCUCAGCUAAAACAUCUAAUCAGUUACACUGCACCUUAGGUGUAGAAAUUUCACCCAAACUUUUAGCAGGUGAGGAGGAUGCACUCAAUCAGACUUCUGAGCAAACUAAGUCUUUGUCAUCCAAUUUCAUAUUGGUUAAAGACUUAGGUCAGGGCAUACAGAAUUCAGUAACAGACAGGCCUGGAACCAGAGAAAAUGUCUGUCCUGAAGCUUCGAGGCCGUUACUUGAAUAUGAACCACCUACCAGCCAUCCAUCAUCAAGUCCUGCCAUUCUUCCACCAUUGAUUUUUCCUGCCGCAGAUAUUGACCGGAUUAUCCGUGCUGGCUUUACUUUGCAGGAAGCUCUUGGAGCUUUGCAUCGAGUUGGUGGGAAUGCAGACCUUGCACUUCUUGUUUUGCUCGCAAAAAACAUCAUAGUUCCUACAUGACUAUGGGAAAGUGGGCUAGACCGUUCUCCAUUCCCUUUAAACAAAAGAAAGCUCUGUCUCUAUACAUGCACACAUACACACUCACCACAUAUACAGUAUAUAUAGAAACCUGUAAGCAGAAUGUUGAGCCAGAUUUUUUUUAAAGAUUUUUUUCGGCCAAAGUAAUUUAUGAUCUCUUGUCUCAUGAAUUUGUCUAUCCUACUUGUUAAAAUUUAGGCCUUUUUUAAUGUAUUGGCAGUAUGUGCAUACAAAAGCUUUUUAUUCUCAUUAAGAUGUAUCCUGGAAUAAAAUGGAUGGUUUUGUGUAUAGCA